UUUUUGGUCAGCAAUUGAUCAGUACAAAUUUUCUUUUCAAAUAGUUCACCCAAGGAACCGGCAAUCAAUAUUCAGAUAACACACCUAAAACAUUAAAUUCAAAAUUGGAAGUAGAAAUUAGUCUCUCUUUUUCAAGCGCAACUACAUUUGGCUCUACAUUUGGAAGUUAUUUGGCUGAGCAUGAACAUAAGGUAGACGUCUGUUUUUGCAUUAAACAAUGUAAAUGUGGCCAUUCAGUCAUGAUUAAUCAACGUGCAAAUUGAAUCGAAGACGACAAAAUUUAAAUUCAAACCUGAAGCCUUUCUUACUAUAAGAUUAUAGGAUUAAAGUGAAAAAUAGCUGAAAACGGAAUUAUGGUGCGCCCCAAUAAGAAGAAAACACCGCAUAGUUCUGCUGCUACAGAUUCUGAGGAGAGUUCUACCAAUGAUGACACUUGUGCACAUACAACUGAAUCAGAAAAUACUACAUUAUCAGUGAGUAGUUCCGAAGAAACUGCUUCAACCGAUGGCGAAGAGGAUAGCGAUGAGUCUUCAUCAGACGAAGAUAGCGAAACUUCAGGAACCAAUUCUCCUGACGAAAGCUUUGAAGAGGAGUUCGCGAAAGAGAUUGAAAAUGCAAGUGCAAAAUCUGCACAAACUCGAGUAGCGGGUCUGAAAAGAAUUUGUGAUACACUUAUAUAUUACUUUGUUCCCGAUGCUGUUCAAGAGUGGAAGAUGACGCUUAUUGAUUGCGCAGAGAAAUCAUUGCGUCAUGGUAAUCGCUCAGAGCAAAUAUUCAGUGCAAGACUUGCACCGUUGCUUGCACUGCAACUAAAUGGAGAAGAUACCGUAUUAAAUGCCUUAAGCCCAAUCAUUUGGACUGGUGUCAAAGAUAAAUCAGUUUCCCUUGCAACACGCGCUGAGUAUUGCAGUGCUUUGGGAUUACUUUAUUAUCUGAGUGCCGCAGAUAACGAAGAGUUUCUUAAUUUGAUGAAGCUUUAUGAAACCAUUUUCACUGAUAGUUACUUGUCAGGCGAGAACAAAAAACCAAACGCAGUAAGCGCUGAAGCAGGAGAUCUUCAUGCUGCAGCUCUUUUAUCUUGGGCACUAAUUUUCUCACUUUUGCCUAGCAGAUUUAUCCUAUUAUGGAUGACUGAUGGUCGAUUACUGUUUCCUUCUCUGGAUAAUCUUAAGGGUUUGUUAAAGUCACCUCAUUUGAAAGUGCGUAUUGCAGCUGGACAAGCUUUAGUAAUAAUUGUAGAAUGUGGACGGUUGAAUGAGAAAACAUUUUUGUUGGAAUAUCUUGCAGAUCUUAUAGACGAUUUCAAAAAGUUGGCCAAAGAUUCUCAUAAACACCACUCUAAACGUAAACGCAAGACUCAACACUUGGCAUUUAGAAAUAUGUUACUUUAUAUAGAGGAAGAUGUUACACCUAAAGUUGAUAUUCGUUUUGGAAACGAAACUCUUGUAUUGGAUACCUGGAGAGCGCAUCAUCUCUAUGCUGUGCUUUGUGGAUUGAUGGGAGGUGGAAUGAAUACACAUCUAUCGUCCAAUAAUUUUUUUCGAAGUGUUUUUCUAAUAGGUGACAAAGUCACUGACACUGCAGAAUUAGUCAAACAAAAGCAUAGCAAAUUCAAUCGCAAUAGAAAGAAUAUUGCAACCUCUAAGGCACGCACCAAAGCACGCCGCGAAAGCCGCGACAAACGGACAGCUGACUUUGCUGAAGUUUAGAAUAAUUAUACAUUCAAUGGAUAAAUUAUAGUGAGAUUCUAUUUAUUUGAGAAAGCCAGAUUAAACAAAUAUCGUCACCAUUUUUUAUACAUAGAUGUUUAGCGCAAUAAUUAAUUUAACCUCUAAAACAUUCACAAUAAAUAGGAAACAAUA